ACAGUAGCGCACUCAGCGCACAGAAGAUGGUGGCGGUUACGGCCACGGUGUUGUCGCCCACUGCGCCUGGACAGUCGCGCACACGGGGUUCCACGCGGGUGUCGACGCACACGGAAGGUCAGACAGAUAAAUAAGACAGGUCCGUUUUUCCGUGGACGGGAAGGCUGGACUAUGCUGCAGCCGUAAUCCGUCCCAUUUGUCUCGGGAGUGAAAAGGACAGGUGUAAGGAGGCAUGAAGAUAUUCUCCAUGAAAAGCAAUUAAAGCGCAGGCUGGACCAAGACGUGAUCCCGUCAGCGCGUGGAGACUCGGCGACGGCGGAGAUUCCGGAGGGUAAAGUCAGGAAAGGACGUGGCUGCGUCCACGGGAGCUGCUGUGAUUAGGCCCUGAGGCGAGGAGCAUGUGUGGAGGACUAGAAGAUUUUUGUUUUUUUUUGACCUGCGCCCUGAAAAUGGAAAGUUGAUGAGUUCACAUAUUUUUUCCAAUGAGUGAUUUGGCGGCGUGCAGCAGGCAGCUGAGUGGACUUGGACUGGAACACAGCAGACAGAGAGUGAACCUUGCAGUCUCAAGUGCGUCAAAACACAGGGGAACAUAGAGGAAUGCAGGGACUGACGUCAAGAGUGGCAAUAACGAACAACUCAGAAUCUGUGGAAGUUCUGAUAGUGUCUCUCCUGCCACUUCACUGCUCGCUGGAAUUUCUUUCCAUGAAAGCAUUAAUUGCUUUACACUGAUCUAAUACUUUUGCCUUACAUUUUCCAUUCAUGUUCCCUUUAAAGUACUGUCACUUUAAAGGGUUACUGAGACGCCCCUCAGCACAGUGUUUGCAUCUGUGUUGACUGAUAAUCAACAUGGCAUCUCCUCAACAUCAACAACUGCUGCCUCACAACACAGAAGUGAGCUGUGACUCAAGUGGAGAUGGAGGCGUCUCGGUGAGGAUUGGCAGCGGCGUCAAACACAAGCAUGGAGGCGGGCCGCUCGGUUCAAUCGGGGGAGGCUUGAUCGGGGGAUCCAAGCACUGCAAGUACAGCAUCUCGUCGAGCUGCAGCUCUGGUGAGUCUGGAGUCAGGAAGCCAACAGUCCGGAGCUUUCGCUCACACAGGAAGAUGCCUCAGCUUUUUGAGAGAUCCGCAGGUCAUUUCUGGGACCCAAAGUUUGACUCUUCGAUCCUGGAGGACGCCUGUAGAGAGCGCUGUUUCCCUCAGACCCAGCGGCGCUUCCGCUACGUCCUCUCUUACCUGAUUGCUUCUGGCUGCCUCUGGGGACUGUACUUUGCUGCCAACCCUUCCCGCUGUAACAGGACUAUCUUUCUCCUUCCAACCGCGUCCUUCCUCCUCUUCUGCUUCCUCCUUUUCCUCUUAACUUUUACUAGGCUCUACUCGCGCUUCUACAACCAAGCAUCUCUGUUGCUCAUUGUCGUAACCUUCGUCCUCACACUGGCACCCCAGAUCCAGACAUCAGGCUUCAGGGACCUUGACUCUCCCACUGCACUUGACGUACAGGAGCUCAGUGGCAUGGGACCCACAUACAACCUGUCCUAUGACAAGCUUGUUGGAGGGGACACCUGGGCCCCCUGUCUGUCUCCUGUUGGAACGUUCUCCCUCUGUAUGGAGGUUCUUCUUUUAUUGUACAGUGUCCUCCAUGUUCGCCUCUAUGCUUCUGUCCUGCUUGGAUUUUUCUACUCCGUUUUAUUUGAGAGUUUGGGCUGGCUGCACCUAACUCAGGUGGAGGAGAGCUGGAGUAUAACCUCCCUAACAGACUGGGAUACACUAAGUUGGCUGGGCCCCGCCAAAGCCUUGCUCCACCUCUGUGCCCACGCCAUCGGCAUCCACCUGUUCAUCAUGUCGGAGGUGCGGUCACGCAGCACCUUCCUGAAGGUGGGGCAAGCUAUAAUGCAUGGCAAAGAUUUGGAGGUGGAGAAAGCCUUGAAGGAGCGAAUGAUCCACUCGGUCAUGCCCAGAAUCGUGGCGGAUGAGCUGAUGAAGCAGGGCGACGAAGAGAUAGGUGAUAAUUCGGUUAAACGAUACUCUACAAGUGGUGCAGCAGCUGCCAUCUCCAGCCCUAAAAACAACAAGCGCAAGAAAACCUCCAUCCCCCGAGGCCAGAUAAUCUUCAGACCCUUCAACAUGAAACGAAUGGAGCCUGUCAGCAUCCUCUUUGCCGACAUUGUGGGCUUCACGAAAAUGUCUGCCAACAAAUCUGCGCACGCUCUCGUGGGGCUUCUGAACGACUUGUUCGGACGCUUUGACAGACUUUGUGAGCUCACUGGCUGUGAAAAGAUAAGCACUUUAGGAGACUGUUACUACUGUGUGGCUGGUUGUCCUGAGCCGAGACCGGAUCAUGCCUAUUGCUGUGUGGAAAUGGGCCUGGGCAUGAUCCAAGCCAUUGAGCAGUUUUGCCAGGAAAAGAGGGAGAUGGUAAACAUGAGGGUAGGUGUCCACACUGGCACUGUGCUGUGUGGUAUCCUGGGCAUGAAACGCUUCAAGUUUGAUGUGUGGUCAAAUGAUGUCAACCUGGCCAACCUCAUGGAGCAGCUGGGGGUAGCAGGGAAGGUCCACUUAUCACAGGCCUCCGCCAACUUCCUGGAUGACCGCUACCUGCAGGAAGAUGGACAGGUCACUGAGAGAAUAGGACAAAGUGUGGUGGCUGACCAGCUUAAAGGCCUGAAGACUUACCUGAUCUCUGGCAGGAAGGUGGAGCCUCACUUGCACUGUAACUGCUCACAGUUGGGCUUUGCUGGACCAGAGCAUGCAGAAGCAUGGUGUCCCACGGCCAGAGUGCACACUCCUGAUGGAGCCCCUCCAGCCUGCACCGUGGUCCCUGACAGCACCAAGUCCCCCUGCCUGCCCUGCAGUGUAUUACCAGUGGAGGAGCAGGUUUUGGAGGAAGAAGCGGUGCUCAAUGGCUGCCAUGACGACCACAAGACCAACAGCAGCAAGGACUUGUCCCAUCUGAAAUGUUCCCCAGCGGUCUCUGCGGGACGCUCGCCCAACGCUCUGAACGGCCUGCUCAGUCCUCGGCUGGAGGCCCUGAACAACAGCCAGACGUCCCUGUGUGAGAUGCUGCAGGAGAAGGAGAAGAAGACGUGGAGCGGAGGAGCCAUGGGCAUGGACCACUCGGCGCUUAUCCCUUUACGCUCCAAGAACUUCAGGGAGAGGAGCGACGCCCACUUUGUAGACGUCAUCAAAGAGGACAGCCUUAUGAAGGACUAUUUUUAUAGACCUCCUAUAAACAAGCUGAGCAUCACCUUCCUGGAGAGGAGCCUGGAGUCUGCAUACCGGAUAAGCUACCAGGAGGAGAGUUUUUCAAAACAGUGUCCUCCCAUGAUCCCUGACAUCCCACCCCUGUUGUCUUCAUAUGUGGAGACUCAAGCAACAGUGCGGACUUUGGCCAGUCCAACGUUCAGUUCUUUCCUGGACAUGUUGCUGUGCUGUUCAGUGUUUCUGGCUCUCUCACUGGCUUGUUUCCUUCAACCACUUGUCACCAAGCAGAGUCUGUCCAUACCAGCACUCUCUCUGACGGCGACAGCCGCCUUACUGGAGUCUCUGGCUCUGCUGUUUUCUAUACGUAUGGCUUUCUACCGCAAUAGCACGCUGAGUUGCACACGGGUGCUGAUGAGGGCGAUCUCGGGCUGGAUCGCUCGUCACUGCGUGGGAGCAGUCCUAGUGUCUGUGCCUGCUGUGGUCGUCUUCUCCCAUGUCACCUGUGACAUGCAUCUGUCCAUCCAGUUUACCAUGUUCAUCUGCUGUGCUGUCAUCAUAGCCAUUAUACAGUAUUGUAACUUCUGCCAGCUCAGCUACUGGAUGCGCUCAUCUCUAGCAACAUUGGUGGGCGUAGGACUACUUGUUUUGCUCUUCUGCUCCCCCUGCAGUGCUGCCAAGAGUCUGUUUUUCUGGUCUAACUUGCAGACCAACAGCAGUAACAGUUCAAGUGUCAUGUCUGACAGUUCAGUAGAGCCUGACCCACAGGUCGACCUUCAGGAUCUGCUGGGCCCUGAGGCCUGCGUGGCUUUUUUUCUCCUCUUACUCCUGGUCUGGUUCCUUAACCGUGAAUUUGAGGUUAGCUACCGCCUACAUUACCAUGGCAACGUGGAGGCUGAUCAACACCGCAUCAAGAUCCAGAAUAUGAGGGACCAGGCCGACUGGCUGCUUCGCAAUAUCAUCCCCAUCCAUGUAGCUGAGCAGCUGAAGGUCACCCAGAGCUACUCCAAGAACCACGACAAUGUCGGCGUCAUAUUUGCCAGCAUCGUAAACUUCAGUGAGUUUUAUGAGGAAAGCUACGAGGGGGGCAAGGAGUGCUACCGUGUGCUCAACGAGCUAAUUGGAGACUUUGAUGAGCUGUUACGUAAGCCCGCCUUCACAAACAUUGAAAAGAUCAAGACCAUUGGAGCGACGUACAUGGCAGCGUCGGGUCUCAAUACCCAGCAGUGUGCGGACGCGGCACAUCCUCACGCUCACCUCCGUGCACUUUUUGAAUUUGCCCUAGAGAUGAUGCACGUCGUCGACGACUUCAACAAGAACAUGCUGGGGUUUGGCUUCAAGCUUCGCAUCGGAUUCAACCAUGGUCCGCUCACAGCAGGGGUCAUUGGCACGACUAAGCUUCUGUAUGAUAUCUGGGGCGACACAGUCAACAUCGCCAGUCGCAUGGAUACAACAGGCGUGGAGUGUCGCGUCCAAGUCAGCGAGGAGAGCUACUGUGUGCUCAGUGGCAUGGAGUAUGAGUUUGAUUACCGCGGCACUGUUAAUGUCAAAGGUAAAGGUCAGAUGAAGACCUUCCUUUAUCCGAAGAGCAGUGACAGUGGCCCCGUGCCGCAGUACCAACUCUCAGUCUCACCAGAGAUCCGGGCCCAAGUCGAUGGCAGCAUCGGCCGCUCGCCCACCGACGAAAUUGCCAACAUGGUGCCCACAACCGGCAUGACUGCAUGCGUUACCAGCACGAUGGCGCCCAGCGCCAGCUCUGGUUCCUCCACAACCACGGGUCUUAGUCAUGAGAAAGAAGCAGACAACCGUGAAAGACGCCCCUCUGCAGAGAUUUUUCACGGCGGACGAUCUCUGUCUCACAGCGGCCUGACAUCUAUACCUGCAGAUAACAAACAGCUCCUCAUCUCACCCUCAGCCCGGCAAAAUGCAGCACAGCAGAAGAACCAUCGUGAGGACGACAGUGAUGCCAGAGAGUUGACCAGACUUUAAGUAUUUGCUACAGUAGAAUGUCUUACCCUUUAAGCUCUUGUUCCUGCCAGUUGGCAUUUUGUAGAAUUGCUUUACUUUUGGUACCGUCAAACUGGCUUCUUCUCUCCAUCAGCCGAGUGGUAAAUUGCUUUUUAGUGUUAAUCGUAUUUGCUGAUGUUAUCACAGGGAGGUGAUGGGUGGCCCACAAUCACAGAGGAGCAGAGAGGAAAUGGGAAGGUGUGAUGGCAGACACUAAAUAUUGUCUUUUCUGCUACUGAUGCCAACGUCUCCCAAUAACUUACUUGAUUAUCUUCACACCUUUAAUCUCUGUCAGUUCUUUCAUAAGUCUUUUAAGUGCCUUUAGAAUAGAAUAAUGCGUAGCCUAAGCAUUUUUUGAGCAAAGGGAAGAAUAGCAUCAAGGGAAAAUUGUGAAUUAUAACACUUUUUUUUCUUUGCUGUUUGUUACAAUUUUACUUUGUAAACUGUGUUUUGCUAUGAUGUUUUGCCUUUCAGCAAGGAGCUCAGAACGCUGACCUUACACAUGGGAAAGUGCUACAAUGUGAAUGGAAUCAGUGUGUGUGGAGUUCACUCACUCAAGAUAUGUAUUAGUAAAAUCUGCACUAAAAUGCAGCAGAGCCUGUUUCAACCCCCCCGAUCUUCACGAAAGCCCGAAAACUCAUCAUGAAAAGCCGAGUCGAGACCGGUGGAUGCAGGCGAUGAGGCCCAGGCUGUGUGUUGUGUAUUUGCAUGCAUACACUGUGUUUGUGUGUGUGUGUGUGUGUGUGUUUGUACGUCAACACUGUGCUUGGUUUAUAAUAAGGAGAGGUGCCUAUGAGUUACUUGGCUGACUCAGUGAAGCUGCAGGAUGACAAACACUUCAGGAACGCAGUGGACACAAAAAAAAAUUGCUGACGAGGCAGCUUUUUCCUCCAGCCUUGGUUCAGAUCUUUGUAUUUGCCUCAGUUUGGAGGCACAAUGGUCUCGCGUUCUUGCAACAACAGCAUUGUAGAUGAGGGCCCACUCCUGUGAACCCCAAGGUUUGUUUUUACCUGUGGUGUCUAUAGCUGUGCCAUUAAAAUCAAAAAGAGAAAACAGCGGCCCAGGUUUGCUGGAUUACACUGUGUGUUAGUUAGUUGAUGGAGCGUUCAGGACAUGGAUAAUCAAAAGUGUUAUUGUAAUCGUUGUGACUCAAAACUUGAAAUGUUCACGUGAAGCUGAUGUGAAAAUGAAUCUGUUGGACUCACUCCGCUGGCUGCAUUAGCUGCUUCAGUCUCGUUACGGCAUGAAACUUAUCGUGCUCGCACUAAAAAAGAUCAGUGCACCAAAUGUAGUAUUAUUUUUUAUUUUUUUGACUUCACUGAAUUCAUGUUGUGUUAAAUUAGACUGGUUAAGUUUCACACGUUACAUUUUCUCGCUGAUUUUUUUAGCAAAAAGGAUUGUGUGCUCAGAGGCAAAAAAAAACAACAACUAAUGAAAUCCAGUGACAAGAUUUAUUUUUGACAAUAAAAUAUGAAUAGAACCUCAUUUUUUAAAAUUAUUUUGUCUUACUCGUUACGUUUAAGUACUAAUGAAUAUUGCAGAAAGAUGUAUUCAACAUUUAAUAUUAGAAUAAUUGAAUUUAUUUGCUGUCUCUGUGAAAUUACGGUAGCUUGUGCCUUUUCACUUUUCAGUUUUGCAUCUAAUUUUGGUUAAUAUCUGCAAAUGCUUUAAUUUCUUGAAAAGCCUUUGUUAUGGAGAUGUUUACUGUUGUGCAUAAAGGUUAUAAUAUUUGAGCUGUGCCUUUUCUUACAAUAUAACAUUGAUGUAAAUGUCCCAAAACAUAUUAUACAUUAGCUGGCCUUAUUGUAGUUUUAUUUUUCUGUGAAUGGCUCCCCAUUUUGUACUAUAUUUAUUUCUCAGAUGGAAUAGCCGUUGUUAUAAAUGCAAUAAUAAGAGCUAAACCUCACUCAUUUGAUAGGGAAAAGGGGGUUUUUCGCUUAUGAGCACACAACUCUUGAACCAGUUAAAACUUUGUUUUACUACAGUCAAGGGAUACUUUGAAUUGUUAUUAUUGUUAAUAAAUAAGGGGAUUUUCUUUAUCGACGUUAUUCUACUUGUGAGGAUAAGUGCAUAAGCUACAUUUCUUACGUGUCUUUGCCUUCUGUUCAAUCUUCUCUUGAUUAGUGUUCUUUAUGGCAAACAGGGAUAUUAGGAUAACUCACUUUUUUUAAUUUACUUGUUAUAAAACAGAGCUCACCUGUUGAUUUGGUUGGAUGUUUUCAGAUGAAAGUGUCAUUUUCAACCAGAAGAAUGGGACACACUUGGAAAAAUUUGAUGCCAAAGAGUGUCAUUACCAUCUCAUGAAUUUCCCGUGCAUCAUGUCUUAAUUUGAGGGUUGUGGCGCGCUCGUACAGGAAAGUUAAUUUAUAUAUUCUCUCUCAAAACACAUUUGCACAAUGCACUCACUUUCUAUGUACAGUAUGCCUUUAUAUUGUAUAGUAUCUGAGCAUUUUCUAUGAUUUAUAUAAGCGCAUGUAUUAGGGUCAUAAAUAUGCUAAAGAACUGGGUCGUUUUAAAAAUGUUGGAAUAACAUUUCAGUAUUCUGUUAGCCUGCAUGUGUGUAAAGCUGUCCGAGUGUUUGUAAAAGUGUGUGGUUGUGUGUUUUGAAAGGGAUGCCCUAAUCUUAACAGGAAUGUGGUGUAAACAUUUUAGUCGACCUUGUCAUCUCGAAAUAUGACAUGCUAGUACGGUAAGGGUUGAAUCAAUAUCGAUCACUCAAACUGGCCAAAUACAAUAGAAUAAAGCACUACAGGAUAUCUGCAGUAGGUGGUAUCUCGCCAGCCUUCUACAGGCACUUUCAUUGAAAUGUUGCUUUCUCUGGAAAUGUUUUUGUAUAUAGCACGCUAAUAGUUAUGCAGGUAAAAGUUAAAAUUGAAUAAAAUCAGUUGCUGGGAAA